CAUGCGCGGUACUGCCUUUGAGUCCCCCCCUUUCCAAACACAACAGAGUGAAGAUGGCGGCAGGCUCCGAUCUGCUGGAUGAGGUUUUCUUUCACACUGAGGUGGAUGAGAAAGUAGUGAGCGAUCUUGUGGGAUCUCUUGAGUCCGAGCUUGCGGGCUCGGGUCACGCGAACUCUCAGGCGAGGGGCCAAGCUUUGGCGAACCACGUUGCCGGUUUUGGGGCAGGAGUUAAUACUAAUGUCCAGGAGAGCAAAGUGGGACUCGCGCAAGAGGUGGCAGAAGCAGGCGCUGGAGUGCAAGGAGGUGUUAUUAAUAAUACGAGGUCCCCGGGUUCAGCUAUGGAUGCAGCAACAGCAGGGAUCGCAUCGGCGACUGACAGCGAGCCGCUGGCGGGGCUCAGCCAGAGCAAGACUGUGGCUGUCAGUGCUAUGGGCACUACUGUGUCCAACCACGCAACAGUCAGGGGGAAGAGCGGCACGUCGGCGGUGCAAACUUUGAAUGGGAGCAGCGUCAUUAACUCUCAUAGUUCAGGAAGUGUGACGGCUUUCGCCGGGACGCCUGAGCCCGCCAGCGGUGGCACGGAAAACGCGGCACCCGCUGUCACAGUUGUCAACAAUGGACCGGGAUCGGCUGUGAGAGGGAGCGCAGUGUUGCCACCAGCUUCGAGCACUGUUAUCCAGACGUCGUUCAUGAAUACCCAGAACAUUGUCACUUCCACGGUGAUCACGCCGCAGGCGCUGGCACUGACUACCGCACCUGCGGUCGCACUCGUGCGGCCGCCUAUGCAAGCAGCAGGAUCUGCUACCACGCAAAAUGGGAAUAACGCUGUGUUGACAUCGGGAGUGAGCGUAGCAGCCGUGCCCACGCCUGGCAUACCCUCGCAGUCUGUCACUGUGUCUGUAACCACGGGCGCCCAGGUCAUCAAAUCGGAGUCGCCUAAAACCGUACCUCAAGGGCUUGUUUCCAGCGCUGGCGGUCUGACUCUCGGCCAAGCCACCCAGCCUGCUCCAAUCGCGAAGAGCCCCGCUUUGCAAGCCGUUACGAGGGCUCCCACGCUUUCCAGCGCAGCAGCCAGCCCGGCCGGGAUACGGGCCAUCGCGCCGCCGGUGCUGGCACCACGGCUCUCCCAGGCGGCUCCGAGUCAGCCCAACAUCCAGAACAUCCAGCUCCCUCCAGGCAUGGUGCUGGUGCGCAGUGACAGUGGGCAGCUGUUGAUGAUCCAUCAGCAGACCCUGGCCCAGAUGCAGGCGCAGUCCCAGUCCCAGAGUGCCAUGGCCCCCAGACCAGCUACACCUACCAGCACUCCCUCAGUUCAGAUCACCUCAGUCCAGGGUCCCGGCACUCCCAUCUUAGCGAGGCAGGUGACGCCUACAACCAUCAUCAAACAAGCCUCAGGUGUCCAGGCCUCAGUGCAAGCCACAACCACCCUGCAGCGGCCACCUGUCCUGCAGAGCCCUAUAUUGCUUGGCGGGGCAGCCCCGGGCUCUUCUGUGGGGACCCCAGCAACGGUGCAGCCGGGUGUAGCCCAGAGGACGGUCACUGGGACACCGGGCACCACCGUCACGGCAACCACGGAAACCAUGGAAAAUGUGAAGAAGUGUAAGAACUUCCUCUCUACAUUGAUAAAACUUGCGUCUAGUGGGAAGCAGUCAUCGGAGACAGCGGCCAAUGUGAAGGAUCUCGUGAAAAAUCUCUUGGAAGGAAAGAUAGAGGCGGAAGAUUUUACCAGCAGAUUAUAUCGGGAGCUCAAUUCAUCCCCACAGCCAUACCUCGUGCCUUUCCUAAAGAGGAGCCUCCCCGCUCUCCGGGCAAUGACCCCCGACUCGGCGGCCUUCAUCCAGCAAAGCCAGCUUCAGCAGUCUGCCCCCGCCAGCACAACCUCCCUCACCACUGUGGUCGUGGGCAGCACUGCCCAGCGGCCCACAACGGUCACCCCUGCCAGCGUGAACACGGUGACCGGCGCCCUGCAGCAGCCCGUUAUCAGCCUAGCCCAAGCCAGCCACUCCAAGCCUGGCCAGGCUGCGUCGCUGGUUCUGCACCAAUCCCAGCAGCAGCAGACGGCGAUGGUGCGCCCCCCGCAGGUCACCAUCACCCAGACACCCAUGGUGACCCUCCGGCAGCCCCACAGCCGGAUUGUGCUGGGACAGCCCCAGGUGCAGGUGAAGCCACUGCAGACAGUUCCCUUGGUGAAAUCUAGUGCAUCGAUGGGGGCAAGGGGUCCAACGCCCCCUAUGGCCGCGCUGUCCGCCAUGCAGAAGAACAAGCCCAAGGAUGCUGGGGGAGGCACCUUCAGGGAUGAUGACGACAUCAACGACGUGGCAUCCAUGGCGGGGGUCAACCUGUCAGAGGAGAACGCGCGAAUCCUGGCUACCAACUCUGAGCUGGUGGGUGCGGUGACCCGUUCCUGCAAGGAUGAGGCCUUCCUCUAUACCGCCACACUGCACAGGAGGGUGCUGGACCUAGGUAAGAAAUAUGGCAUCGCUGAGCUGGGACCAGAAGUGGUGAACUUUGUGUCCCACGCUACUCAGCAGAGGCUCCAGGAUCUGCUGGAGAAGGUGUCCCAGAUCGCACAACAGAAGAAUUUCUCCUUCAAGGAUGACAGUCGGUAUGAGCAAAUCAGCGAUGUCCGCUCGCAGCUCAAGUUCUUCGAACAGCUGGAUCAGAUGGAGAAGCAGAGGAAAGAGGAGCAGGAGAGGGAGAUUUUGAUGAAGGCAGCAAAGUCCCGGUCACGCCAGGAAGAUCCUGAACAGCUACGGCUCAAACAGAAGGCUAAAGAGAUGCAGCAACAGGAGUUGGCUCAGAUGAGGCAGCGAGAAGCCAACCUGACAGCGCUGGCAGCCAUAGGGCCCAGGAAGAAGCGGAAGCUGGACUGGCCUGGGACCGGCGCCGGUGCUGAGGGCUCGGGGGUCAGUCCAUCCCUAUCCGGGGCGACGGGCACUGGGGCAUCCAGGCAGUUCACCCGGCAGCGUAUCACUCGCGUCAACCUCAGGGACUUGCUCUUCUGCCUGGAGGCCGAGCGGGGGAACAGCCACUCGAACCUUCUCUACCGCGCCUUCCUCAAAUAGUCACCCUCCUCUCUCUCUCUCUCCGUUUUAUGCUAUUUCCCCUUUUAUUUUCCUCUUUUAAUAAACAUAUAAAUAUAUAAAUACAUAAUUAUACAUUUUACAGACCUUUUUGUAACAUGCAAAUGAACAAUUGUAAAAAGUCACGUUGAUCAAUUUUCUAUUUCUGUUUAUAUGAAAAGCUCAGUUUAAGGAAGUAAAAUGAAAAGAAGUUUCUAUAAAACAAUUAUUGUAACAAUAGUUAUUUUAUUACUGUUAUUACUGCCUGUGGAUUCAUUUAAUGGAACAGACCUUUGCUUGUCAUUUACUGAGUUGCCUUCUUGCCAAAAAUAAGCCAUAUGUUUGUAUCUUUUUAAGACAUAGCAAUUAAUCUCGAAGUUACUGUCAUAUUCUGAGCUGCCAGUGACGUUCCUGUUUCCUUUUUCGUUUUGUUAAAUUGAAACCUAGCAUAAUUUAAAUACUUUGUUUAUUUAAUUUAAAAAUCAAGGGUUACUAUUAUUUAUGUCUGUUUGUGUCCUUUGUGUGAAAAUGGCACGUCUCAGUAGCGACUCCGCCAGUGAGAAUGCUGCGUCAUCCAAAGUGCAUUUUGAACGUCUCAAGAAGGAAAACGGAAACAAAACUGUAGGCUAAAACAUUUGCUACAUUUCCUAAUAAGAUUUUACAUAAUUAACAUUUCCUUUUAAUUAGGUAACUAUACUUUGCACUGUUGUUUUUCUACUCAAUAUCAAGGACUUUUGAUGUUUGAAUAAAAAUACAGAAUGUAUCUUUGAGUUAGCUGAGGUGAGCUCAGAUAUUCAGCUAGAGAAAAGUUAGACAUCUCUGGAAGCUAUGAUAGUUGCUAUGAUCUCUAUAUGACCUCGGCACAUACAUGUGGUGAAGACCAUACUACUUUUGCUGAUAAAGGACUGAUCCAAUGACAGCCCUGCUCUGAGUCACAUGGUCAUUUGGACACACACCGCCUCCUUUCUACUUAUUUUUCUAUUGAAUGUGCUAAUUGGCUCUAUUUUUUUGCAAACAUUGUAUUAAAAUUGUUUAAAUAUUAUUAUUGUAAAUAUUUUUGUUUGGCCUUUAAAAUGUGUGAUUAUCGUAGAUCUCCUUUGAACAGGUCUGAUGAUCCUGUGUAAAGUAGAACCCUGUAAUUAUUCAUUUCGAUUGAUAUUUUUUACCAAUGCUUGGUAACUAUUCCCCUCUUUCAUUCUUUUGUCUUUUACUAUAAAAAACAAAAUUGAGAUGAUGUCCAGAUGUAUUCCUCUCUUCUUGAAAUUUUUGCACAGUCAGUUGUUUAUAUGUAAAUAAUUUACCUAAAAAGUUUUUAAUUGCUAUUGUUUUAUAUAGGAUUGAAAGAGAAUUAACUCAUUAAAAAUGAAAAAUCUCUUUGUA